AUGUAUGGCCAGAAUUCUCUACAGAAGGAAAGACAAAGGCAUGUGAUAUUGAUCCCAUUUCCAGCAUAUGUUACCAUCUGUCAUCUAAUUUUCCAUAUACCAUAUGGAUAUAUAAACCAUAAGAUGAAUAACAUAACCACAAAUUCACAUCUUUUCCCCAAGAAGUCGUGCUUGAAGAAUUUUCAUUCACCGACAACAAAAUCUAUGGAUAUCCCGAAAGGCUGUUUAGCGGUUUAUGUUGGUGAGCAAGAGAAGAAGAGAUUUGUAGUUCCCGUAUGGUUGUUAAUGAAACCUACUUUUCAACAACUGCUUGAUCAGGCUGAGGAAGAAUUUGGGUAUAGUCAUCCAAUGGGUGGCCUCACUAUUCCAUGUAGUGAAUAUAUGUUCACCGAUUUGGCUUCUCGUUUGGGCGCAUUAUGA